ACAUGGCUAGUGAGGAAGUUCAAAGCAACAAAGCAACAGCUGUUUAAAAAAAGCAGCCCCACAUAUACAGAGGCGGCAGACGCACAUAAACGUGCCGCUGCAAUAAGAAGGAGGAACUUGUGCAAAAGCUUCAAACUGAGCCUGGUGCUGAGAGAGAAAGGAGCUUCGUCCACUGGUCCGAUGGAGCUCCCGGUGCCGUCUCGUCCCCCGGCCAACGCCUCCUCCCCCUCGUCCAACGGCGUCCUCUGUCCGUCUGCUGCCACCUUCCUCUUCCUCCCCUGCGCCUACACCCUCCUCUUCGUCACCGCUCUCCCAGCCAACGUGCUCGCUCUGUGGGUGUUCCUGCGCCACAUCUCCACCAUGUCGCCCACGCACGUUUACCUGUCGCACCUGAGCAUCUCCAACCUGCUGCUGUCGCUCACCACCCCCUUCCUCGCGGCCUACUACGCCCAGAGCUCGGUGUGGACGCUGGACGCCGGCCUGUGCCAGCUCCUCGUGCACGGCAUCACCCCAGUGCUGCACAUCAACAUCUACAUCAGCCUGAUGAUCCUCACGUGGGUCGCCCUCAGCCGCUUCGCAACCCUCAUCCAGCACACGCACGCCUCCAGACCCAGCGCCUGCGUCACGCUGCUGCCUCCCGCCUUCUUCUCCCGCCUCAAAAAGGCCUCCUUCGCCAGCAGAGUGUGUGUCAGCGUGUGGGUGGUGGCGGUGGGGGGCAUAGUACCAGUAACGGUUUAUUAUUCAGUGAAUGAGGCCAUGAAGGGCGCCGCUGGCAGCGAGGACGGCGGCGCUGCCAGGGGAAAGGAGCUGUGCUACAGCCCAGCAGUGGAGAUCGGAGGCAUUCUGUCGGCGGCCUUCUCUGUGCCCCUCAUCAUCCUCUUCUUUGUCUUUUACCUGCUGGUGCUUCUGUCCUACGUGACCGUGUUGAGACACAUCAGACGCUCGCAUCGCAACACAACCAUCGGCACCUCCCAGAGCCUGCUGGCAAAGGUGUUCAGAAACAUCGUCAUCAUCCAGUUUGUCCUUUCAGUUUGUCUUCUGCCGUAUCAUGUCUUCAAACCCAUCUUCAUUUCUUUUGCCCACUCUCGCUUCGAGCUAACAAACACGCCUGGUGACGUGCACGACCGCUGUCAUCCCUUCUCCACCUACGUGGAGGUCAAGAACUGUCUGUACCUCCUGGCUGCACUGAGGGGGUCAACGGACCCUGUGAUGUACUUCCUGUUGGACAGGACCUUCCGUCAACAAAUCUUCAUGGUUUUCGGAUGUAAACGGGACAAAGUCCAGGACAAAACAAUGUCCUGCUCAGUUGCAGGACGUGCCAGCCAAAGACUUGCACAGCAGCAGUAAAGGAAUGUGUCCACCGCGACUUCAGGCCAUGACAGAGUUGUGUAGGAUAUAGAUGGACGCUCCAGCUUUUAAUGUGCUGGUCUCAUGCUUUGUGUGCACGGUUCCAUCCAAGUGUAACGUGUGACUGAUUACAUAUCGUAGGUGACAUGCUCUCUACUUUCAUUAAACCAACAUCAGACUUGAUGUGACUGAGCUACUA